AUGGUUACCUCCCUGGCAAAACAAAUGGCUCCACUGGGUGAUGGUGAUGGUCACCCAGACAGCUCCGGACACUUUGAGUCAGCGGUGGGGGGCGAGAGACCCACCCUGGGGAUCCAGAAGCCCCAUCCCAGGGGAGCCAGACACCGGGGCAGAGCCUCCCCUCCGGGGCACAUGUUGCUGCAGCCGGUUCGAGACAGCGCUCCGCAGCCGUGCCUGUCGCCUUCGGGAUUCCUCCUGCCCCUCCUGCCCCCCAGCCCAGCCGCAGAGGGGCUGGAAGAGUGGGUGAAGUUGCUCCAACCCCCCCAUCCCCUUCUUCCUUCUCCUCCUCCUCUCUCCCAGGAAAGGGUCGAGUUUGUUUCCCCGUGGAGAUGGCCCAGGAAUGCUGAUGGAAGGCUGUGGUGCAACAGGCAUCCUCGGCCAGCUCUGCCCACCUGUACAUCUCCACAGGACGCUCCGGCUGUCGUCAUCCCGGCGAGCCACUGGAUGUCAGUGUUGAUUGAGACAGACGACGUGGAAGGAAUAUUUUACCCAGCUGCAGAAAACCAGGCAUCCUCUGAGCAGUGGGGAUGUGCCCCAGGUCUAGCUCGGACCUGGAGGCAAGAUCUCCAAGGGAACUCGUUUGUGGCCGGUCAGGGGUUACAGCAGGGCGAGGCAGUGAUUCAGCUGCUCAAAAAUGCGUCUGAUGCAAGGUGUGACACCAGGGCUGGGCUUCACACAGGAGCCUUCCUGUCCUGGGGGGCAGAAGCAGCUGGACUGCCCCUGAUUUCUGCCCUUCAGGCAGCAGGGCUGGGUGGAGCUGUGUCGGGUUUUAUCCCAGCUCCUGCUUUGACUCUCUGUACCCUGUUGUUGGCUGCGGAUGCCACAGAUCCUGUGAUGCGGUACAGCUGGGACCCCAACCCACUCCUGGGUGUCGGGUCCUGCCAGAAGCCAGGCUGUGUGCUCACAGUUUUGCUCUAUUUUCCUUUUCAGUGCAUGAAAAUACACCUCAGAGGAGCAUUACUCUGCCCCUGUCUUUACUCCACGUGCUCAGACAGAUUUUUUGAGGGCACAUCAGCACUUAGAGACACAGAUGGACACCCCGGAAGCUCCAAGCAGUGCUUCAGGCACCACCCCCAUUUUCAGGCACAUAAACACCUUUUCCCAUCCCAUAAAAUCCAGCCCCAACCUCUCGGGAGUGCUGGGACAGACACCUGCAGCCCUGUGCAGGGCCCGGAGCCUGUGCUCUGGCUUGCAGCCCUGCGCUCCCUGUGUGUCAUAGCAGGGAUGUCGCAGCAGCAUCAGCACCUUCCCUUCACUUGA